AUGGUCACCGAUGAGAACGCCUCUGUGGAGAACCGAUGGUGUCAACUGAGGGACACGGUGCAGUCAUACGCCCUGUCUUUCCUCGGUAGCGCUCAUCGCCAGCACCAGGACUGGCUUAAUGACAAAGGCGCCGCCAUCAACAACCUGUUCGCCGAGAAGAACCGCCUACACAAAGCCUACGUCGAACGCCCAUCGAUGGCACCAAAGCAGCCUUCUAUCGUAGUCGCCGCCUUGUGCAGCAGCGACUGCGCGAGAUGCAGGACGCCUGGAUGGCUCGCAAGGUCGAGGAGAUCCAAAGGUACGGGGCAGAAACGAAUGAAAGAACUUCUCCGCAAUCAAAGCCGUCUUCGAUCCGCCAACCAAAGGUAAUGCACCUCUGUUCAGCGCUGACGGAACCAUUCCACUCACUGAGAAGACGCGAAGUGUGAAGUGAUGGGCCGAAGGCUUCAGAGGCGUCCCAAAGCGUCCUCUGACAUCUCCGACGCCACCAUCGUUCGUCUGCCUCAAAUGGAGACCAACGCCGACCUCGACCUCUCGCCCUCUCUCCACGAAACCACCAGGGCCGUGCAGUAGCUCUCCAGCGGGAAAGCGCCCGGAUCGGAUGCAAUCCCUGCUGAGAUCUACAAACACAGCGGCCCCAAAUCACAGAUCAUCUGACAGCACUCUUCCAGGAGAGGUGGAUCAAUAACAAAUCCCACAGGAAUACCGAGGCACCACAGUCGUCGACCUCUACGAGCUGAAGAGAAACCGCCAACUCCGCCACAACCACCGAGGCCUCUCCCUGCUGGAGAUCAACGGGAAGGUCUUGUCUCGCAUCCUCCCCAACCACCUGAACCACCAUCUGGAACAGGCUCUCCUGUCGGAGAGCCAGUGCGGCUUCCACCGUCACCGUGGGGCCAUCAACAUGGCCUUUGACACGGUGAAUCGUGACGGACUGUGGAAAUUCAUGCGGAAAUUCGGCUGUCCCGAACGACUCACUUAGACGAUGCGUCAACCGCACGAUGGCAUGAUGGCGCGGGUUACGGACAAUGGAGUCGUCUCAGAGACAUUCUCAGUGACUGACGAACUGAGACAGGGCCGCGUCAUCGUGCCUACCCUCUUCAGUCUUAUGUUCUCUGUCAUGCUAAUGGACGCCUACUUGACGAACGCCCCGGGAUCAACAUCGCCUACAAGACAGACGGCCACCUCCUCAACCACAGGCGGAUGCGUUUCCAGUCGCGUGUAUUCACAACCACCGUCCCCAAACGUCUCUUCACCGACGACUGCGUCCUCAACACCACCUCGGAAGAGGACACGCAAAGGAGCAUGGGUCUUUUCGCCACCGCCUGCGUGAACUUAGGCCUGCUAAUCAACACGGAGAAGACGGUGGUCAAGCAUCAACCGCCACCCGACGCUGCCUAG